AUGUCAAGGUUUUUAACAUUUUCAACAUUAUUAAUAUCAUUAUUUAUAAUAUUUUUUCCUGAACAAAUUUCAUCACAAUGCAUGUCCUUUAAUCCGUUGGAUCGGAAUAUAAAAUUCCUCCCAUGUCCAUUAACCAAAGGCCAAACAAAUAAACACAAUCAACAAACUUCACCCGGACAAAAAUUUUCAGUGUCUUUAAAGUGUACAGCUGAUCAGCAAACUUGUCAACAAGUUCAAGGCAGUUUCGAUGCUGCUGGAAAAUUUAUAACAAAUACUUUUAUUUUGAAUACAAUCACUGUGAAUGCUAGUUUUAUAUCAUUUUGUGAGGGACAACCUAAUUGUUCAGAAGAUAAUAUUUUAGCGGCAGCACCAGAGAGAUUUAUUCCAAUGUUAGAUGAUGACGGGAUACAAAGAUUGUACCCACAAGCAUUAGUAAAGCAAUUUAAUUAUGAAACACAUCCAGAGUAUGGACAAUUUGAUAUUAUAGCAUUAUUUAAUUCAGAUGCUGCAUGGUGGUUUUCAUCAUCACCAUCUGCACCGAUAAAUUCAACUCAAUACGACUUUUUAUAUACUUUAGUACAUGAAUUGUUUCAUGGGUUAGGGUUUGGUUCUUCGUGGGAUGAACAUUAUUCUGGUAUAUUAACUCCAGUUCCCGGACCAAAUCCUUUAACAGCCAAUGGUUCAUCAACAUCAACAUCAGUAGAUUUAAAUGAUAAUGAUUAUAUCAAAUUUUAUGAAUGGGCUUUUGACAAAUAUAUAAAACUCUUGAAAGAUGGAACAAAUCUUACCACGUAUGCUCAAGAAAUAAAUAAAUUUUUCACUGGUGAAUAUACAAACAUUACGGGAUCACAGUUCGAACCUAAAUUUAAAGGCUCACCUCAAUACAACAUCGCAAAGAACAUGGAUCUAUUGGCUGUAACAGCAAACUCACUUGGCUUUAUUCCUACCAUUAAUUUUACAAAUGUAAAUGAUUCAGCAGUGAUAUUAGAAACUUCAUUAAUACCUUACAGGAGCGGUUCUAGUAUAAGCCAUGUAGACAAAAAAUUAUAUGCAAAUACUUCUGAUUUUUUAAUGAAAUAUGAUUCUGAGACAGGUGUUUCUUUGGAUCAAUUGGUCUCAAGAGGCGGGAAUUAUUCUGGUGGACCAAUUGGACCAAAAUUAAAAUUGGUUAUGGAAACUUUGGGGUAA